ACAAUAUAAAUAAGAAAGAUAGGGUAAACAUUUUUAAUCAAAAGCAAAAGAAAAUGAAAAUGAUUGUGAAACUCUCUCAGAUAAAAAUGGUGGUUACUCUGUUUCUUCUUGCAUUUGGCCUUGCUCAGGCUCGAUUUCCAACUUUCCCAACCGAGCCAUUUCCUCCUCCACCAAACCGAAGUGUAAAGACCUCAGUGAACCAAUUCCCAGGCGUAACACCUCCAUUUUUCCCUCCAGGACACAAAAAACAUCCACCAGUUCCCAGGCAUGAAGCUAAGAAUGCGAAGAUGUCAAUGAACUAGUAUUUAAACAUACAUUUUGUCUUUCGGGUUAUAAAAGUUGCACCCUAUAAACUAAUAUGUUUUUAAACUAAAAUAAAUAUAAUACAUGACAAUGUAAAACUUGUUUGGUAUUAUUGUGCAUUUUUAUAUCGUAAAUCUAUAUUAAUUUAUCCAUUUCAUAAUAA